AAUUAAGAUCUCUACUUAAAAAAGAAGAUCGUAGUAACAAUUAUUUGUUCCACAGAUGAUGACGUUGUCAGUCUUAUUUGUGGUACAUCUACUCAAAACCAUGCUCCGUCAAAAGCCACAAAAAAUAAGUAAUUUAAAGUUGGAGAUCAAGCCGAGGAGAGCGGAUAAAAAGCUUAUCGAGAACAGAGUGACCGGCCUCUUUGUGGUGGCAGGACUUGUUGCUGCUGUGGCCUUUUCUGGUGCUCUUCAAAUCCCCGGUAACGGCGCUGAUGAAAAAGGUGGCUCCAAGAACAACAGCGCCACAUCCAACCUUGCCACAGCUCGAUGGUGGUGGUCGUUACCAUCUUGAAAGCAGCCCGUGGAGACGAAGCUGGAGAGGAAGCAAAUGGAGAUAUACUUACGAGUAUUCAUUUUCUUCGACACUUUAGCCCUCAACCUGACAAUCGUGGCUGCUAUAAUCCUUUGUUGGGUCCAACUGGUUGAUGUCAACCUAGCAUCAUUCUUUGUCUGGGUCGCAUCACUCAUUGUGGGUUCUCCUUAUACACAUUGUGUAUGGCUUUUGGAUUUGCCCUUCUGCUAGGACUCAAAAACAACGCUUCCUUUGGCUCGGGUAUGAUCAUGGUGGAAGGCUUGCUUCUUAUAGUAAUGACAGCGCUGGUUGUUCCAUUGUUCAUCCCUUUUGGAUACAAUUAUCUCUUCGUCCGUGCCCUCUAUUUCCCUGUCUUUAUUGCUUACUUUGUUCUUAAAAGGGUCUUGGAUUUCUGCUGCUGUUGCUGAUAAAAUAUGGAAGAUUUA